GGAAUUUUAAAAUGUUUGUGAAGCGGUAGGCGCGUGAGAGUAUAAAUGGCCCGCCUUGUAGCGUGUAACGAUGACAUUUAUUCAAUUGCAUGCUUAAAUCAAACAGAUACUAUUCGACUCAUCUUCUUUCGUAACAAAAAUAACGGAGAGAGAUUUUUCAUUUUCCUCGGCAAUUAAAUCGACGGUCAAAGAGAUUCGUUUGCGGAUCGAGUUUUUUUUAGAUGGCGGAUAUAUGUUACGAGGACGAAGCGUCGGCUUGUGACUCGAGGCCGUCGUGGUCGAGCCGGAGGCGAAGGAUCGGAGCUCAGCGAUGCAGGAUGUCACCGGCGGAUAUGAAUCCGAUCGCGACGACCGCGGCGGCAGAAGAUUCAGAGGGGAUUUACAAGCGUAAUAAACAAGAGGAGUACGAUUAUAUGAGCUGUGCAUCGCCUUCUCGGAGCUCACCUGAAGAUUGUCCUGAAGCGGACGAGAGUGUACUACUCGAAGCGGAGAUUGCACGAGAAAACGGUGACUCGGGCAUCACCGGGAAUCCGUCGGUAAUUGCAGUUACUCCUUGUAAAAAAACUGUGAGAGAAACGGAUCUGAGGCCUAGAUACGGCGCCGCAUCGGUGUGCGGUAGAAGGAGAGAGAUGGAGGAUGCGGUUGCGAUUCAUCCGUCUUUUGUACGGAAACAAACUGAGGUUUCUCGAGCAAGGUGGCACUAUUUUGGAGUUUAUGACGGCCAUGGCUGCUCUCAUCCUGAUUUCCGUUUGUCGCGAUACGACGUCGUUCCCCAGGUUGCGGCGAGAUGCAAAGAGAGGCUACACGAGCUAGUGCAAGAAGAAGCGCUCUCUGAUAAGAAGGAAGAAUGGACGAAGAUGAUGGAGCGUAGCUUCACGCGCAUGGACAAGGAGGUUGUUCGUUGGGGCGAAACUGUGAUGAGUGCUAAUUGCAGGUGCGAGCUUCAGACUCCCGACUGCGACGCCGUCGGCUCUACCGCCGUUGUCUCAGUCAUUACGCCGGAGAAGAUCAUUGUAGCUAAUUGCGGCGAUUCCAGAGCAGUUCUCUUCCGCAAUGGAAAAGCAGUGCCUCUAUCCACAGAUCACAAGCCGGAUCGUCCGGACGAGUUGGAUCGAAUCCAGGAAGCCGGAGGGCGAGUGAUAUAUUGGGACGGUCCCAGAGUGUUGGGCGUUUUAGCCAUGUCACGAGCCAUCGGUGACAAUUACUUGAAACCGUACGUGAGCUCGGAGCCGGAGGUGACGGUGACGGAUCGAACGGAAGAAGAUGAGUUCCUGAUUCUAGCGAGCGACGGCUUAUGGGACGUGGUGACGAACGAGGCGGCGUGUGCGAUGGUGCAUAUGUAUCUCAACAGAAAAGGCCGUGGAGGAAGGCGGCAGCGAGAAACGCCGGAGAGUGAAGAAGGGAAAGAGGAGGAGGAGAAAGUGGUGGGGUCAAGGAAGAACGGGAAGAGAGGAGAGAUCACGGACAAAGCAUGUACGGAGGCGUCAGUAUUGCUGACGAAGCUGGCGUUGGCGAAGCACAGUAGUGACAACGUAAGCGUCGUUGUCAUUGAUCUCAGAAGAAGAAGAAAGAGACACGUUGCUGGACACUAAUCUCAUCAUUCCACCGUGUUUUUUUUUUUAUAUAAUAUGAUUCUUUUGCUUUUUUUUUCUCCCUUCCUUGGGUUAAGUGUGUGUGAAGGUUUCACUUGGACGAAGGCAUCUCAGAUCUUCUCCCAACCCAAUAGAGAAAAAGAAAAAGGAAAGCAUUAAGCUAGAAAGCAAAAAAAACGAUUUAAUCAUGGUUGGGUUUUCUUUUUGUUCUGAACCAUUUUUUCCCUUUUUCGCUGUGUGUAAAAGAACAAAGAAAAAAGGAAGACGGAAUUUGUCACCGUCUGGGUGGAAUCAGUUCAGAAUUCAAUUAAUAAAAAAAGUAUAUGUACAUACAUUAUAUAUUUUGGUUUUUAGACAAAACCAUUCAUUCGGG